AUGCCAAGCCCAAAAAGAAAAAGGAGCAGAUCCCGUGAAAAAGAAGACUCUAAAGACUUCAAAUACACAGCAGCAACACCCAAGGAGCUUAAAGCUCUCCUUCUCCAGUACAUGGUCACCGACAAGUUUUCAACCCCAAUCGACAGCCAAAGCUUGAUGAGGAAUUUAAGAAUGCUUUUCAGAAGCACAUCAGGAAGAAUGAUGAUGAGAGGCUUUGACCUUUGUGAAAUUCUUAAAGAUUUAGAAGAAAAAAGAGCAAUCAAGCUUGAGCCUUUUGAUAUUGGAACCAAAACUUGCCAAAUGAUUUUAACUGUAAAUAAAGAUAUUUUACAGCAGCUGGGGAGAGAGACUUCUAAAGACCGGCCUAAAAAAGGGGCGUCUUCGAGCAUUGCCUAUAGAAAUGACAAAGUUUCAUGGCUAAAGCAAGCAGAUAAUGAAAAAAUUGAAAUUUCUAAGGCAAGUAAACAGCAAAAUGGCGCUUUUAAAGAAGAAAUAGAAGGUGAUUCAUGGAGUUUUAAGCCGAUUGGUAAAGAAAAGAACUAUGCAUUGGCUACAUUUUAA